CAGUUGAGGUUACGGAGAAAUAGAUAAGAGGGGGCAGAGGUCAGUUACCGGCGCUGAGGGGGAAACGAUAAGUAUGUUUUUGGGUGGAGGCAGAGGGAUGGGCGGGAUUGGCGGCGGCGGAGUUAGCGGCGGCGGCGGGGGGAACAUGAUGAGAGGUCUUGGGAGAGCGGUUACUCGGGCUGGAGUGGCCGGUGACCCGAUUUCACCGACGUCCGCUCCUAAUUCCCCUGCUCCAGCGGCGGCCGCGGCGAGCCCGUCCUCCAGGCAGGCCCGGAAGCCGUCGGCUUCCGGAUCCGGAUCCGGGUCGGGUCUUACUCUAUCGGCCGGUCCCUUCGGAGCGCUUCCGAUUGGCUGGACUACCUCGCCUUUGGCUGCUCCCUACGGCUCCCCGUUCGACGAGUACGGCAGGGAUUGGGAGUGGGUUUCCGCCGACGGGAGCUCUUCCGACGACAAGGACGUUAUCUAUGGGUUGGCCGACGAGUACUUGGCACUUGGCCCGCCGCCGUCCGCUGAUGAAGUUCACACUGCUGUCAAUGAACUCUCCCAGUUUCUUGGUGCUGGACGGUACAAGAGUCUAAUUCGUGAUAGGUAUGGGAACGAGAGGAUGGACGACGAGAUAUGGUGGAGCCCUAAGUUUGCUUCUUCUUCAAUUGGAUUAGAGCUGGACUGGAAGGAGCCAUCUCCAAACCUCACAGGAAUCUCUCGGCCUUAUUAUGGGACUGAUGCAGUUUACAGGGCAUUCCAUUUGCUGCAGAGUGAUCAAUCCGUUCAGAGAAUGGUGACUUCUUUGUCUUCUGAUGCUGCCAUAUGGGAUGCUGUUAUGAACAACGAGGUGGUUCGGGAGCUGAGACAGGCUUAUGAUCGAGAUGAAAACAGCAACACGAAUUCAACGAGCCAGGAGAGUGCAAGCGACGACGACGAGACUGUCAGUUAUGGUGACGAGGACGUCGUUGGUGCAUCUGGAAACAAAUUUGUGAAGUGGAUCCUCGACAAUGUGAAAGCGAGGGUGGUGGCGCUGAUCGAGAGCUUAUCGGAGCUGGUGAACAAGGUGGCCGUGCCUCGUGGUGAAGAUGGUGGUGGCCGUGUCGGGGAAGGAGCGGCGGGCAUGGCAUUUGAAGGGAAGGUUGUGACUUCGUUAUUGUUAUCUGUCGUUGUGAUGCUGGUUGUGGUAGUGAGCCGAUCCCAAAAGGCUUGAUCUUCAAAUUCGUCGAUCAAACAUAAUGUUCUUUUUUUUUCUUGCUAAAGAUCAAUUAUAUCAGUUUAUGUACUGCUAUUAUAUUUUACAUCAAAAUUUAUGUAUCGU